ACACAUUCGGACCAAUGGCAGCCUGAGCAGCGCUGCUUUAGCCAAUCACGAGCCAGAGAGAGUUGCGCACUGCUGGGAUGACGACGACCAUGGAGCGGAGCAGCGUCCUCCUCGCUCUUACCAACUUUUAGCAUUUAGUUUCUUUUCGGACAAAACGGAGUGAGCUGCUCUGAGCAGUCAUGGGGGAAAUAGAGGGUUCAUAUCGGGUCCUGCAGACUCCAGGCACAAGACUGGGAGCCCAGUUCAAUGCUGGUAUCAGCACUCUGGAGCCGGGCCAGAGCCUCAGUGGCAACGUGAUCAGCGGGAGCAGAAGCCAUGGGCGUGGACUGCAGAUUCGUGUGCAGGGGCUGGACGACUCCCAGGAGUUCUUUGAUAUAGAUCCCAAAGCCUUUGCACAGGCCCUCCUCACUGAGGUUUUCCACAGAGGCAACCUCAUGGAGAGUGAUUACUUUGGCCUCGAGUUUCAGAACAUGCAGAUGAACUGGGUUUGGCUGGAACCCACCAAGCCCCUUGCAAAACAAGUCAGAAGACCAGCAAAUACGUUGUUUAGACUGUCGGUGAAAUUCUUUCCCCCUGACCCUGGUCAGCUGCAGGAGGAGUACACCAGGUACUUAUUCUCCCUGCAGAUGAAAAGAGAUUUGAUGGAUGGACGACUGGUCUGCACAGAAAAUACUGGAGCCCUGCUGGCAUCUCACCUUGUCCAGUCGGAGAUUGGAGACUACGAUGAUGUAGCGGACAGAGACUUCCUGAGGAUAAACAAGCUGCUGCCUUACCAAGAGAAAGUGCAAGAGAGGAUCAUGGAGCUCCACCGCAGGCAUCUAGGCCAGACUCCCGCUGAAUCAGAUUUCCAGAUCCUGGAGAUUGCCCGUAAACUGGAAAUGUAUGGAGUCCGCUUUCACCCAGCAGCCGACCGAGAAGGAACCAAGAUUAAUCUGGCUGUCGCUCACAUGGGGCUUCAGGUUUUUCAGGGCCACACAAAGAUAAAUACCUUCAACUGGUCCAAGAUUCGCAAACUGAGCUUCAAGAGAAAACGGUUCCUGAUCAAGCUUCAUCCAGAGGUCCAUGGUCCUCAUCAGGAUACUCUGGAAUUUAUGAUGGCCAGUCGCGACCAGUGUAAAAUCUUCUGGAAGAUUUGUGUGGAGUAUCAUUCAUUUUUCCGUUUGUUUGACCAACCACAACCCAAAUCCAAAGCGAUCCUCUUCACUAGAGGCUCCUCCUUCAGAUACAGUGGAAGAACCCAGAAGCAGCUUGUGGAGUACGUCAAGGAAAAUGGAGCAAAGAGAACCCCUUACCAGAGGAGGAACAGUAAGAUACGAAUGUCUGCUCGCUCCCUCGCAACAGAUGUGCCAAAACAGAGCUUGUCAUUCAAUGAUAGUCUCAGGACCUCUUGCUCCCCUUCCUCAGCUGCCGUUUCCUUUCACCCAGUGCACAUCUCCAGCAUUCCCCUACGAACAGAUCUCCAGCCUCAGUUCCAGCCUUUGUCCACACUGAGCCAUUCUCCAGCGCCUCACCAGCAGCAGCAGCAGCAGCAUCUUCAGUCCCCUCUUCAAGCUCCCAGACCCCCCAGCCCUCCGAAGGAAGAACCUGUCAAGGCCGCUUCCCCGUCACACUUCGCUUUUCAAGAUUCAGUGGUUGACAGCCCUCAGCUCUCCCCCUUCGCCUCCAAGGGUCCCCUCUGCCUGUCGCCCUCCUUCCAGAUGUCCACCCUCAGCCUGCCGGGUCAGGCCCCGUCGCCCCUGCAAAGCCCCAUCCUGAGCGAGGUGGGCAGCACUGCCAGGCUAGAGGAGGAGGAGGAGGGCAGGAGGAAGCGAUAUCCCACCGACAAGGCCUACUUCAUUGCCAAAGAGAUUCUGACCACAGAGCGAACGUACCUGAAAGACCUCGAGGUCAUCACCGUGUGGUUCCGCAGUGCUGUGAUCAAAGAAAACGCCAUGCCUGAAGGCCUGAUGACCCUCCUCUUCUCCAACAUCGACCCCAUCUAUGAGUUCCACCGAGGCUUCCUGAAGGAGCUGGACCAGAGGCUGGCUCUCUGGGAGGGGCGCUCAAACGCUCACGUCAAAGGUGAUUACCAGAGGAUUGGUGACGUGAUGCUGAAGAAUAUGUGUGCUCUUAAGGAGUUCACCAAUUACCUCCAGAAACACGACGAGGUGUUAACAGAGCUGGAGAAAGCCUCCAAGAGACUGAAGAAGCUGGAAACCGUCUACAAAGAAUUUGAACUGCAGAAGGUCUGCUACCUGCCCCUCAACACAUUCCUGCUGAAGCCCAUCCAGCGCCUCAUGCACUACAAACUCAUCCUGGAGAGACUCUGCAAACAUUAUUCCCCUGCCCACCGAGAUCACGACGACUGCAAAGAGGCUCUGAAGGAAGUGGCGGAGAUAGCCACUCAGCUUCAGAGCAGUCUGAUCCGGCUGGAGAACUUCCAGAAGCUGACAGAGCUGCAGAGAGACCUCAUCGGGAUCGAGAACCUAACAGCACCAGGCAGGGAGUUCAUUCGAGAGGGGUGUCUGUACAAACUCACCAAGAAGGGGCUGCAGCAGAGGAUGUUCUUCCUGUUCUCAGAUAUGCUCCUCUACACAAGCAAAGGUGUUACAGCGACCAAUCAGUUCAAAGUGCACGGACAGCUGCCGCUCCAUGGCAUGAUCCUCAUAGUGCUGGAUGCACCGGUUGAGGAAAGUGAAAAUGAAUGGUCGGUCCCCCACUGUUUCACCAUUUACUCUGCUCAGAGGACCAUUGUAGUGGCAGCCAGCUCUAAAGUAGAGAUGGGGAAGUGGAUUGAGGAUCUGAACAUGGCUAUUGACAUGUCUAAGAAGUCUCAAGAGAAAUCCAGCAUCUUCCUUGACGCUGGACUCGGCGAUCGCUCCAACCGAUCAUCUGACGAGGUUUCUCUGGAGCAGGAGUCGGAGGACGACAUGAACUCCUCCCGCACCUCACUGGACAAACAGACGCAUCAUCGUGCCAACACAACCAUGCAUGUGUGCUGGCACCGCAACACCAGUGUGUCUAUGUCUGAUCACAGCCUGGCUGUGGAGAACCAACUGUCAGGUUACCUGCUGAGGAAGUUCAAGAACAGUAACGGCUGGCAGAAACUCUGGGUCGUUUUCACCAACUUCUGCUUGUUCUUCUACAAGACGCACCAGGACGACUUCCCGCUGGCCAGCCUGCCGCUGCUCGGCUACACAGUCAGUACACCCGAGGAGUCGGACAGCAUCCACAAGGAGUACGUCUUCAAGCUGCAGUUCAAGUCUCACGUUUACUUCUUCAGAGCAGAGAGCGAGUACACCUUUGAAAGAUGGAUGGAGGUCAUCAAGAGUGCAGCCAGCACUACGGGCCGCAUGAGUCUGCUCAUACCUAAAGGAGGCCCCAUGGAGAUCAACGGAAACUGAAUCUAGUGUCGUGUAUCUGGAGGCUGGGCCUCUGGGACGCCACAAAGACUCUUCAGUGUCAUUUCAGAGUGAAACAAACAUUUGAACAACUGAAAGAGACUGAAAGAUACUGCCAGUUUAUGUGUUAAUGUAUCUCAGCUUCACUCUAAUGGUCUGUGCAUUUUUUUGAUUAAUGAUGUAAAUUAUAACAUUUGUUCCAGUAUACAGGAUAUAAUGAAAGGGAGACAUGUACAUUAUGAUCAGUUUUUUUGUUUUUUGUUUUUUUUUUGCAUGAGUAGUGCUCAGUUUGGUUGUUCACAUAGACUGAUGGGAAAUACUGUUUUAUGGGACCAACUGCAAAACAAAGGGCUCGAAUGCAGGAUUUUGGAAGGAAUUUUCUUUUCAGCACAUCACAACUGAAGCUUUACUGGGAGACAGAUGAAUUACAAUUAUGUGGGAAAUGAAGGUGCAGCAGAUGGUUUGUUCUGUUCAUUCCUUUGAUAGAGUCCGGAGUUGUGUGAGAUGAAGGUGAGCAGAAAGUUAAUGAAAUGUUGAAGCAAGUCAGAAACUGGAAGUUUUGGGAGACUAAUGGGAAGUUUUGUGGAAUUCAUGCUGCUGUUGGGAGAAGCGACUUAACUGUGAGUAUUUGAACUGGUAGUGUAAGCAGUAUCUAUGUCUAAAACUCUGAGGCCAGUCCAGCUUGAAGGCUUUAUUUGCAUGUUUAAUGGAAGAUGCAGCCAGUGUUUCAAACAUUUAAAAGGGAGCAGUUCUGCGUAGUACUCCUGAUUAGUUAGUAGCGUUAUGGUCAGUUUGGUGCUACAUAUCUCUCUUUAAUAUCAAAUGUAAUCAAACGUAUCCUGUUUUUGUUUGCGUAACAACUGGAGGACAUACUGUGCAGUGGUUACUCUAGUGUUUACUCUGUGUAAAAGAUUUUCUGCUAAAAACAAAAGUGAAGAACAUAUUUUGAAGUAACAGUGAGGUGUCUUGCUGUGUGUCAGGCUGAUUUAGACAAAUCAGAGCUGACUUACAGGAGGCACAGAUGACAGUUACAUGAAACCAUGGUAUUAUUUGGUAUAUAUAUUUUUAUGAAGACUGGAAUCUUUACCCUCUGAGUGUGUGAUUGUGUGUGCAUCUCCCCUGCCUCUGGAGCUUUAGCAGAAAGUGAUGAUGGAGGUCACCUCCAAACCAUCAGACAUUCUGUGUGUGGACGAGACUGACUCUGUUAACGUCCAAUAUGUUACUCCUAUUUAUUGUUUAGAGUGAAUCAGGGCUCUGCUCCUGAAUGCCCUCAUGUAGUCUUCAUGUUAUUCUAUUGAAAAUCUAACAAAUAAAAUUUCUGAAUCAG